AUGUCCUGCUACGACCUGUGUCCCACCACCAGCUGCGGCAUCGCCCGCCCCCAGCCCCUGGCUGACAGCUGCAAUGAGCCCUGCGUCCGCCAGUGCCCCGACUCCACCACCGUCAUCCAGCCUCCCCCCGUGGUGGUCACCUUCCCCGGCCCCAUCCUCAGCUCCUUCCCCCAGGAUUCAGUCGUGGGCUCCUCUGGAGCUCCAGUCGUUGGUGGCUAUGGAGGCUACUCCCUGGGCUACAGGAGUCCCUAUGGCUAUGGAGGCUCCUCCUUGGGCUAUGGAGGCCUGUAUGGCUAUGGAGGCUCCCUGGGCUAUGGGGGUCUCUAUGGCUAUGGGGGCUCCUCGCUGGGUUACAGGGGUCUGUAUGGAUACGGAAGAUCCUAUGGGGCUGGAUACUGCAGCCCUUACUCCUACCGGUACAACAGGUACCGCCGUGGCAGCUGUGGGCCCUGCUAA